UUCAUAUUAGUCCACGUGGUUGUCUAGCGAUUGUGCGUGGCAGGCUUCCACUGAUCUUCAUCACUUUCACAUAUCACUUCACAUUCACAUCAGCACAACAGACGGAUUUCCUCAACGUUUCAUCUCCUACCGCCUUUUCAUCUUCAAUUACUUCAAGUAGUGCUGCAAUUUUAAGGCUAUCUUUUGUCCUCACUCAUCUUCUUCUUUGAUUUUAAUUAUUUCCUUUUGAGCUUCAAUUUUUCUAGCUUUGGUUUUAGAUUUAGUUUUAUGAGUUGAUAAAGUUUAAAUCUGAGAAGAUACAAAUAAAAAAAAAAAGGGAACCAUGCUUUUUUUCUUGAUUGUUCUUCGAGCUUCAAUUUUUUCCGUCCAAUUUCUAUAUUUUCUGAGCAGCUUUCUCUUUUACAGCUGCUCAUAAACAGACAGUAAGAAAGCCUUUAGAAAUAUAUAAUUCUAAUGGUUGAUUGGUAAACAAACUAUAAGUUAUAACUUAAAAAUUGUUGUUGUAUUCUUCAACUAAUUUUUUUGCAGGGCUGUAUUUCACACAUGGUAAGACAACUCAUUGGUAGGUAAGUUCAUAAGAUCCUUUGCACUUAAUUGUUAGUAAGAGACUCAGAGUGGUAAUCUUGGCAAGUAUUUGCAGUUUGUUUCAUUAGCCGGCGUUUAUGCAUAUUCCUAAAUAGUAAGUCUAUUUCUGAUGUCAAUGUAUUUGUGGGUAUAAUAAGUAUUCACAAGCUAUUGAUCUAUACACACAAGCGACUAAAUUGAACUAAGAAUAUUGCAUACUGGGCUAAUUGUGUGCGUUCUCGCACCAAAUUGGAGGAAUGGCAGCACAAUACAGGACAUACGGAACAAAUAGCUAUUGAAAUUGACUCUACAUAUUCAUAAGUUAAUUUCGACACUGUUCAGUGUGUGUCGGAUCCUCUAAAAGCUAUGCACUUAAGAGGAUUCAACACUGGUGCCGCAUGCAGUAUUUUUGAAGGGUCCGAGACCCGAGUAACAUAAUUCGCCGUAGCAUUUCGUUUCAGAGUGUUUGAAGUUUGAUAGCUAACUGAUUGUCUGCAUUCUGUUGAUUUCCAUUUCUUGGAUAUAUAUAUAGAGAGAGGUAAAACAUGGGCAGUUCAAUUGUUAGUUGUAGCCUGCCUAUCAAUUGCAGCCAAAAUGGAAAAGAUUCAUGUUCCUUUGAUUGUUGAUCUGCAGGUGACGAAUAGUUUUCGUUCAUUCCUUACCUAUGUUGGUCGGACCCUUCAAAAAUGUCAGUCAGGUUGGGUAUCUAAAUUUUGUGUUUGAAGGCAAAACUAUUCAAAGAAUGGAACUUUUGGUACUAACCACAUUGAAGUGGAGAAUGCUACCUUAUACACCUUGCAGAUUCAUCGAUUAUUUUGUAAGAAAAAUGAAUGACAGAUCAAAUCCCAUCGGAACGUUUUGUGAUUAAUCUAAUUCAUAAUUAUUGAAUCCUGCAAUAGUAUCACCAUCAAACAAGGAGGAGGUGUGGCGCCACUUAUAGCACUUGCACAAACUAUUGAUGAGUGCAAUGUCGAUGAUGCCUUACGCAUUUAUACAGAGAAAUCCUUUUCUGGAACAUAAAACUAAUAUGUGAAGUAAUAGUUCUGUUGAUUGGCAUGUAAAUGACAAAUGCACGGUAUUCUCAAUCAUGACUUAUGGACGAUUGGAGGGCUUGCAAAGAUUGGGUUUCACCUAAUGGAAAACCCAAUCUUCACUAUUUCUCUACCCAUUUUGGGAAAUCCGAAGUUCAGGUUGCAGAUUGUGGGACUAGAGAGUUCACUGAUCAGAAGAGAAUAGAAAUGACUGUUUCUGAAUUUGUUGAUCAUUGGCUUCGUGAUUGUGCUGCUGGUGGCGGGUCUUUAUUGUAUUUGAAGGACUGGCAUUUUGUAAAGGAAUAUCCAGAGUAUAUUGCAUACAGAACUCCCAUGGACUUUUCAGAUGACUGGCUGAAUUUCUAUCUUGACAAAUUUCGUAUGCAUAAUGAUCCUGAUACAUAUAGUGAGAGAAAUGAAAUAAGUUGCUCUGACUAUCGUUUUGUAUACAUGGGAUCAAAAGGAACAUGGACACCUCUUCAUGCCGAUGUAUUCAGGUCAUACAGUUGGUCUGCAAAUGUCUGUGGAAAAAAACAGUGGUAUUUUCUGCCUCCAAGUCAACCUCACUUGGUUUUUGACAGGAAUAUGAAAAGUUCCGUAUAUGACAUCUUUGCUGACGUUUCUCAAUCAAAAUUUCCUGGAUUUGAAAAGGCUAUCUGGUGGGAGUGCACCCAAGAGGAAAAUGAAGUAAUCUUCGUUCCCAGUGGAUGGUAUCAUCAAGUUCAUAAUCUGGAGGAUACCAUAUCCAUAAAUCAUAACUGGUUCAAUGGAUAUAAUUUAUCUUGGGUGUGGGAUUUGCUUUUAAAAGAUUACAAUGAGGCUAGUGAAUACAUUGAAGACCUCAAGGGAUGCGAUGACUUUGAGGAGCUUUGCCAACGAAAUCUUGCCGCUAAUACAGGCAUGAAUUUCUACGACUUCUUCAUAUUCAUUGUGCGCUUUGCCUUUGCAAAUGUAGUCCUACUACAUACAUUUGCCCAGGUAAAGAACGAAACAAGUCGGAAACCAUCUAAAGCACUGCAGCAUAUAUGUUUUAACCUCGAAUCAAUAAGAAGUACCGCUGUGAAAAUGAAACCCAUAAAUACAGGGGACAGACAAGGUGUUUUACUUGACUUGAGGAAAAACUUGGAGGAUCACUCGUUUAUAGAGCUCUGUGUAGCUGUUGGAAAAACCUAUGAACUGAUACAAGACACAGAUGAGAUGACCCCUACAUUAUUGCAGUGUACAGACUUGAUGUGUACUAGUUUUGUUAGAUCUCAAGUUCAGAGUUCUGAACACCUAGUUGCCUUCAUCGAUGAUGCUUUGACAAAAUUAGGUGGUGCUUUUUCUCGUUAGGAAUAUCUGUAUACAUAUAUGAAAUAAGAAGUUCAUGUUCUUCGCAUAUCGAUAGAGGACAGCACGCUGAUUCUCAAGGAGUACAUCAGGUUUAUCAUCACCCUCUUUUACAUGUUAGUGUUUACAUAAAGUGGUGGCACUAUGCCAGUAUGCCUUCUCAAAUUAAGCGAAAACCUUUAUUUUUGUACCAUAUAAUUUGCUAAUAAGUAUUCCCUCUAUUCUAUAUUAACUAAAAUUUUGAGCUUUUUUCA